AUGGAUCGCGAUCCAUCAAUAUUGCAUGCUACACCGCCAGUAAAUAUCGCGAUUCUUGGAUCACCUCCGGCCCCACCGCGCUUACCGAAUAGUGGAACAAGCACCACUGCUGAUCGCGAUAAAUCGUUCUCUCCCUCCCCCCAAACCUCGUGCAUUACAUCUUGGCAUGCACAGUCGCCAAUGUCGCUGGUAGACCAAGUUGUUCUAACGCAACAACAAAGCACUAGCUUAGCAAUAAGCACAGUAACAACGGUGAGCGCAGCUCUCACAACAACGACUACAACCACGAACUCAGCAAUGACAGCGGUUUCACAACGCAGUUCACCCACACCUGCACAAACUGCAAUUUCGGCACCAGCCCAAGCCCAGCAACGCAGCUCAGCGCAAGUUUACGUACUUAAUCCAACAACCCGUACAUUGACUCAAACGGGUAUUGAUAGGUAUAUACAAGUCAAACGAAAAUUAAGCCCACAGCAGCAAAAAAUUGCAAAUCCAUCAAAAAUUGCAAAGACGAAAACCACUGACAUUAACCCUCUACUGGGAAAUAAGUUUGCGAUUCUGGACAAUGAAUGUGACAAAGAGCCGAAUGAAGUUUCUUAA